UUGACGGCGAGUUGCCCUAACAACUAGCGUUUAUUCGUCUCUGAAUCGUCGAGGCGUACGGUACUGAAAGCCGGACAGCAACAGGCAACAACAAAACGCGAUGCGGUCCUAAUUUUUCGUGUCGCUAAAACUACAACUAAAUAAAUAAUACAAGUACCAAUAUAACAACAUCAUCAAAAAGAAAAUAAAAGCGCGCGAAUUAUAUUUGUAAAGGCGAAGAAAAUUCAAAAUUCUUCCAAGUUAUUGUAAAGUUUUGUUGUCGGUCGUCGUUUUGUUCAGUGCGUUGCUGCAAACGUUGUGUGUGUGUUUGUUAUUUAAAAUUUUUAAUUUUCUACAUAAAUUUGAAAUUUUGUACACAACGAAAAUUUCAUUGUCUGACGCGCGUUGGCAUCGUCCAUGAAUAGCGCGCGUGAUGCACAUAUGAAAAAAGAUCUAUAAGAAAGUUGAGCAGAAGAAAGAAAAGAAGUAAUAGUGAUAUCAGUAAAGUUCCUUAACACACUGAGAGAAGGGGACACAGGAAAAACGGGAAAAAAAAUAAAGGAAUUAUACAACAAAGUCAAAUUCCAACGGUUAACGGCCCAGCAACAACAACAAUUAAAGUUCCUUGCUCGAGCUCUAUAUAAAAGAGCCAGUCUCUAAAAUGAUUUCACACAGUCCACCUAUAUUCAGCCACAGUCCACCCGUUAGUUUCUUAGCGGACUACAUGAGUGGACACCAGCGUCAAACAUUAAACUAUAAUGAAGAAGCCAACCGAUCAUCGCGCUAUUGUCGUCCUCAGGCGGUAACUCUGGUCUCCAAAGCCAUGGUCAAUAAUGCAUCCAACGUGACCCACGGACAACAGAUGCCCACAAAAACAGGCGGUACACCCCUCGGUGUUGGCAGUCGCUCCGGUCGCAGCUAUUUAGAGCGCAUGGUAUCUGCCCCAUCGCUUAAUAAACAGCCAAAAUCGUGCCUCAGCCGUAAAUCCUGCCUGCACAAAAGCAACCAAAGUUCCAACAACCGUUCCACGGAUGCUUCCCCAACGGAAAAUGCCGAUGUCACCGACAGUUGCAACAGCUCUAACGACAUCGAUGGUGAUCAAAGUCGUUUGCGCAAAAAGCAUGUGAUAUUUGCGGAUGACGAGGGUCUAUCGCUAACGGAGGUUCGCGUUAUGUCCGAGCCCUCGAAUGUGCCGCCCUAUUGGAGCAUGAAGUUUUUGGAACAAAUCACACAGGGAUUGGUCAGUCCGCAUCCGCCAGAUCAGUGGACCGUGGACUUCAAACAACCAGCAUCCGACUAUUUAACCUUUAGACAAAAGAUCGAGCGUGACUUUGUCUCACUGGAGAAUGUGAUUGUGAAGGAUGAGGAAUCGAUUGUGGUGGGAACCAUUAAGGUUAGGAACGUCGACUUUCAAAAGGAGGUGAUAGUUCGCGUUACCUGGGAUGAUUGGAAAAGUCAGCAGGACAUUUUUUGUACAUUUGCCCGCGCCUAUGGUCCUGCUCCAUGUGCCCACGUUGUCUUCGAUACAUUCUCAUUCAAGAUCACACUUCCACCAUCUUCCAAGCGUCUGGAAUUCUGCAUAUGCUAUCGCUCAAAUGAAACCGAAUACUGGGACAAUAAUGAUGGUAAAAACUAUACUAUCAGCAAGCGGUCGCCCUUCUACUACAAUGCUCUGUCGCCCUAUGAUAAGGGCCAGAUUCGCAAUUCCAGUCAACAAAUGCGAUCCACUUUAACCGAUGCCCUGGCCAAGGCCCAACUGAAGUGCCCUGGAAACCAGGAACCCAGUACGCCCUAUUGGUAGAGCACUAAAUAUAGAUAGGAGUUUCGAAAAAGCUAACUGUAAAGCUAUAAACAGGUCUGUCUGUCUGGACAUAUCGCAUAUGGAAAAGGACCCAUUAGGGCUUUGAGCACUUUCGACUCUGCAGUCUCAAGUGGAAUUGAUUUCCAACUAAUUCAUCCUAAAAUUGGCUCUGUGAAACACAUCAGAAAUUAUGCAGUGAAUGUUAAAUCGCAACUGAAUCUUUAGUUGGGUGUUGUGGGGAAAAAAACUCAUAAUUUUUAAGCGGACACAAUUUUGAAACCAGAACCUGGUACCUGGUAAUCCCAAAAGUGCCAUUGACUUUAGGUACAAUCAAACAGAAACUACUUUAAAACCUAAGCUAAAAUCGAGUUUUUUAAAAACCAACUCAAUGGAAUUUCAAGAUCAUUUCUUUAUAUACAUAUAUAUCUCUCAAGAAACAAACACUUGUUCUAUGUAUGAUUGUCAAUUUUUAAUUUUUUUAUUUUUUAAUUUGCAUUUUAUGUUUGCCUGUAUGUGUGAUGUGAUUAAUUGUCUACUAUAUAUAAACAUAUAACUGAUAUUAGUUUAAAAACGAAACAAGUCAACAUCCUAAACAUAAAUACUAAAGCGUGAGUUAUCCUAGCAAACCAUUGUUUCGAAAUUAUCUUAAAAUAAAAAAGCAAAAACUAAAUUCAAAACACAAAACCACUAAACGAAUAUAUCAAAAAUUUAGCUCUUAAGUUUUGCAUGAGAAAAAAUUAUAGACUAUUAUUUUUGUUUUUAUUUUUAUUAUUAUUAUUUUUGGUUAUUUGAAACUCUAAGACUGAAAUGGCUUGUUAUGGAGAAAACACGUCCUGCAAUUCAAUAAAAUAUACAACAUCAACAAAAAA